AUGAAUUCACCAAGUUCCGGCUUGUCCCGGGACGAAACGGCUCCAGAUUCGCAGUUUUCAGACAUUCUUUUGACACCUCAGAGAAUGAACUGUAUUGUGGAAGAAGAUCCUAUAAAAGAAGAAUGCAAAGAGACGCUAAGGGCUUUGGAAACCGGUGGGAUUAACACGCCGCAACGACCCAUUUCACUUUAUUCUGUAGCCGACGGAAACAAUUCCAGUAACAGUCUAAUUGCCAAUCCAGCGUUCAGUUUUGGAGGAAACAAUGGCAUGCUUCAGGAAAGUAUCACAGCUGGCAAUGGCAAACGCAAUUCACUAAAAUACGUUCCUGGUCCCAAACUUCCGCCCUUGUCGGGAAGAUCCAAAUCACCGAUAAGACACAAUCGAUCGCCCUCUCCAGAAAAAUCUAAAAGACGCUCAUCACUUGUGAUCGAGAAACCCUUCAACUUUUCAUCUUCCACGCUGCAACUGCCGAAAUCAGGUGGCUCUGCUACCAGAACAUCAUUUCGUAAAGGUCACAGAUACAAGCACUCUUCUGUGUCGAUGAAUUUCUUUCAAGAACCUGAGGUAAAAAUACCGUUGAGCAUUGCCAAGUCGCUUCCAAUACCUGAUUUUGCAGACCUAAAAAGUAACAUUCCUUGGCCCAGUGGUUAUGUGAAGCUUGCAUUGGUGGCCUUACAAACUACGAUUUGCAUAGUGACUUUCCAUCUGGGUCACUCAAAGGCAUGGAAUAACUUCAUCACAUUGUCGCACUUGAUCCUGUACGAUGUAAUAGGAUCUCUUGCCAUAGUUUUGGUCGAAAACUUGUCACAAUUUCAGGUCUGGAACACAGGCACGGUGAAACUACCAUUUGGACUAAAUCGCAUGGAUCUACUACUGAGCUUUGCGCUCGCCAUAUCACUGUGCUUCAUGGGUUUGGAUUUGUUCUUUCAUAUUUUAGAGGAAACAAUUGCUCUUUUUGUGGAGUCUGCCAAUCACGACCAUCAUGAUGAAAUUGCUCCAAAGAUCCCUCAUUCACAUCAUUCGACCGUUUUACUCCAGAGCUCUACAGACUCUCAGCUUUGGUAUGGUAUCUUGAUCUGCAAUCUAGUAUUGUCUUCCUCAACAUUGUUCAAGAUUUUCCAAUCCAACUCUCAUGCUAGGUAUAAGACCAAAAAUCCGCUGAUUACAUGCACUUAUAUCUUUUAUCUGGUGCUACUACCGAUGAUUUCCAAAUUCACGAGCUGUUCAGAUUACUUUGCCACCGGUAUGCUGUCCUUGCUCAUUAUGACUUACGGUUGGAAGAUCGCGAAAUGGACUUCAACAGUAUUGUUGAUCGGUUUUUCCACGGCCUCAUUGAAAGGCUUAAUGUUGGAGGAUAUGGAACAUGGCGCUUUACCUGCUGACAACACUACAGGAUUGCUACGUACAUCUAAAAAGGCUACCUUGAAGCCAAUAUCAAAUGAUAAAAAGGUUUUGUGCGACCCCACAGUCGUGAAAAGCAAACUCAAAGAAGCCAUUGAGGAUCUACCAGUCUUCCGUGCCAAUUGUCGACUUAAGCAUGAGAAUUUGACUAUUUUCAAAAUCAACUUCGAACAGUACGUGGUUCUCCUGAAAAUUGACAUGUCGGGUGGGUCCAAUGACGACGAGCUGAACCUUAGAGUUUCAGUUGAUAAAUGCAUAAGAAAGGUUUUGAAACCUGUUGAAACCACAAUUGAUAUAGAUAGACUAUGA